GGUGGAGAAAGUCUGGCAGGGGCACGGCACUAAGCCUCCCGCUGCCUAUAAGAAGUUGACCGACCUUAGCGUUUAGCACCGUCGUGUCCAGAUUGUCCAGCUGUUUGAUCCGGACACUGAACGCACUCAACUUUUCAACUUGAGUCACUGGAGGAAGCAGAUGGACUCUGAGGCCGAGGUGCCACGGGCAACGUCAGGACUGUCACAGUGGAUACGGAGCCACAGAUCACGUCUGGAGUAUUUGUGAAACAUAUGCAGAGAUAUUUCUUUUUCCUUUCAUACAUAUUCAGAGACACUGAGUCCCAUUCAAUGACGUCUGCGGCGUGUUAACGUGCCUCAGAGACCGCUGUUUAUCAGCAGAGCUCAUCUGGCCUAGUUGGAGAGCUCCUGCCAAGGUAAGAAGACGCCUGACAAAGACGACGUGCACCAUCCAGCAUUUGCCAGACGUUGCUUUAAAACUUUGAAACAUUUGACACCGACGCCUCUGAACAACUUUCUAUCAGAUUGGCACAUGAAAACCUUCGUCGAGAGUUACACUGCACCCACGUCCCCUCCCCGCACCCCCACCAUCAUUAAUGGUUCCAUUGAAAUGAAGUGAAACCUGCAUAGAAAGCGGAAUUAGAAAGUCAGACCGACAAACAGUUUUGAAAGGAGAAACUUAACAGGUCCUCAUAUUUAAAAACCGUGUUCAGUUUGAAGAGGCAGUUACAUUCGCGCAAAAAUGGCGCCCGCCGUCGGUGGUCCUCAAGGCUACACGCCACCCGAAGGCGGCUGGGGGUGGAUGGUGGUGAUCGGGGCUUUCAUAUCAAUCGGCUUCUCUUAUGCAUUCCCCAAGUCCAUCACAGUCUUCUUCAAAGAGAUCGAGGUGAUCUUCGACGUGACCAGCAGCCAGGUGUCCUGGAUCUCCUCCAUCAUGUUGGCCGUGAUGUAUGGCGGAGGUCCCAUCAGCAGCAUCCUGGUGAAUAAAUAUGGGAGUCGUCCUGUUAUGAUGGCCGGAGGAUGUCUGUCUGGAUUGGGCCUCGUCGCUGCCUCGUUCUGCAAUUCUGUUGAAGGACUGUACUUUUGUAUUGGAGUGGUGGGAGGUUUGGGUUUGGCCUUCAACCUCAACCCAGCCCUCACCAUGAUUGGAAAAUACUUCUACAAUAAGCGUCCUAUUGCUAAUGGCAUUGCCAUGGCCGGCAGUCCUGUGUUCCUCUCCACCCUGGCUCCUUUAAACACCUGGUUCUUCGACCGGUUCGGCUGGAGAGGAAGUUUCCUGAUCCUCGGCGGCCUGCUCUUCAACUGCUGCGUUGCCGGGUCCCUCAUGCGACCAAUCGGACCCAAACCCAAACCAGUGGAGGAGUCCACAGAGAAUAAGACUGUUAUCCAGACCAUCAACAGCUUCAUUGACCUCUCUUUGUUCAAGCACCGUGGGUUUUUGCUUUAUAUCAUGGGCAACAUCAUCAUGUUCUUCGGCCUCUUUGCUCCUCUGGUGUUCCUCAGCAACUAUGCCAAGAGUAAAGAGAUCCCUAAAGAAAAAGCAGCCUUCUUAUUGUCUGUGCUGGCCUUUGUCGACAUGGUCGCCCGGCCCUCAAUGGGCAUAGUGGCAAACACCAAAUGGGUGCGGCCCAGGAUACAGUACUUCUUUGCUGCCUCUGUGCUGUACAACGGUGUGUGCCACGUCCUAGCUCCCAUGUCAGUGGACUACAAAGGCUUUGUCAUUUACGCCAUCUUCUUUGGGUUCGCGUUUGGCUGGCUGAGCUCAGUGCUUUUUGAGACCUUGAUGGACCUGGUGGGAGCUCAGCGCUUCUCCAGCGCUGUCGGCCUGGUCACUAUUGUGGAGUGUGGACCAGUGUUGCUGGGCCCCCCUUUGCUUGGAAGGUUCAAAGACAUCUAUCAUGAUUACAAGUACACUUACCAGAGCUGCGGGAUCAUCCUCAUCGUCUCCAGCGUCUUCCUGUUUGCAGGGAUGGGACUCAACUACCGGCUGCUGGACAAAGAGAAAGGAGAGGAGGAGAAGAGGGCCAGGGGGGGAGGUGGAGAGCAGGAGUCCAACAGGGACAAUGCCGCCAAGGAAGUGGAGGAUGCGAGGAAGACAGACGACACCGUCUAACGUUCUGCACCACGUUAGGUUACAGUUUCUCCAAUUUAAUAUUGUCUGUGAUAUGUUUAUUAUAUAUCAUAUUCAUUAAAAUAGCAGUACAGGGAAACAAUGUUCUGUUUCAUAAUGCAUUGUAUUUGAGGACCACCAUAGAAAUCAUAGCUUCAUUUGCAAAACCAUGUAAAAUAUUUACACACCUAUUAAAGCCCUUUAAACUUGUAUAAACAAUUCACAUAUAAUACCUCUGAUAUUCUUCUAUGGACUGGUAUAAUGUGUUUGGCAGACUAUUACAUUUUACUUUGCCUAUUAUGUCACUAUAUUAUUAAUAUGUUGUUGUUUUUUUAUCUCAGAUUGUAUCACUCUAACUUUACUGCAACAUAUUAUAUUAACUAGUUUAGUAUAUUAAUAUUCGGGAAAAAAACACGGUAGGAAAAUGUGCCACUGACUACAAGUUAAUGUAAAUGUGUCACAAAAUUGAAUAAACUGUCAUUUGACAAGAUUAACAACA